AUGUCUCUCCACAUCUCGCCACAUCUCUCCACAUCUGUGCCCACCAGCUACGGUGUGCUGCUACUCGAGAUGGUGACUGGGCGGUCGGCCACGGCCAAGGAUCCGGAGGACGAGUCUUGCCUCAUCCUCAUCACCACUUGGGCGGUGCCACACAUUGAGCGCGGGGAGGCGGUGCCAUACAUUGAGCGCGGGGAGGCGGUGCCAUACAUAGAGCGCGGGGAGGUGCGGGUGAUAGCGGACGCGCGCAUCGCCUCGCCGCUCAACCUGCCCUUUCUGCUGCAGAUGGCGCGCACCGCCGCCCUCUGCGUGCAGCUGCCGUCCACGCGCCGCCCGGACAUGGCUGAGGUGGCGCGCGUUAUGCUGGACGCUCGCAGAGGCUUUCAUGCCGCUGCUUCUGCCGCUGCUGCCGGCGCUGCUGCACUCGCCGCCGCUGGUGGUGCUGCUGCUGGUGCUGCUGGUGGGCCGGGUGUGUAG